UUUGACAUUAUAGUUUUCAGCAUAGUAUACGAUUUUGUAUUGAUUUUGUGGCCUAAGCUGAAACUUAGGUUUAGUUUCUGAAGUAGAAUUCAUACAGGUCUUUCACAUACAAGUAAUAGAUCGUAAAAGUUGUAGAAAUGUCUAAAAUUCUAGAGGCACAGGAACAUUGUAAAGCAGCAGAAAAAUAUUUAAAGACUGGUUUGCUAAAGUGGAAGCCAGACUAUGAUUCAGCUGCUGAUGAAUUCAGUCAAGCAGCUCAAUGUUACCGCAUCGCCCGUGAUGUUAAGAACUCCAAGGAUUGUCACAUGAAGGCAGCAGAUCUAUAUGAGAAGAAUCGUUCAUUCUUUCAUGCUGCUAAGGCGAUUGAGAAUGCAGUUAUUGUCAGCAAGGAGUUGUCUUCGCCUGAGGAAUUGUACAACAUGGCAUGCAAUUCAAGCAGCUUGUACCAGCAACAUGGUUCAGGAGAUGCUGGCGCAAAUGUCCUGGAUAAAGUUGCAAAGAUUAUUGAAGAGAGGGCUCCCGAGCUUGCUGUCAAGUUAUUCCAGCAGGCAGCUGAUGUGUCUUCGGUUGAAAGCUCUCAACACCAAGGUACAGAAUACAUAAGCAAAGCGUCCCGACUUCUUGUUAAACUGGAGAGAUAUGACGAAGCAUUGGAUAGCCUUAGGCGUGAGAUUGGCUUCCACCUUGAAUCAGGUUAUACUGGGGCAGUGGGACGACUUACAGUUGCCAUUGUCCUUGUUCAACUGGCUAGAGGUGACGCUGUGGCAGCUGAAAAGGCUUAUAAGGAAUGGGGUAAUAAUUGCGAAGUGCCUGAAAUGCAAACUUUGGAAAUGCUUUUACAAGCAUAUGAUGAGGAAGACCGUGAUUCAGCGAAAAGAGCGCUUGCGUCGCCAUUUAUACGUAGCAUGGACGUGGAGUAUGCGAGAUUGGCCGGAACUAUACCUCUGCCUGAAGGGAUUGAUCCGGCACCAAAAGCAGCUGUAAGAGAACAUGCGGCGCCGUCCUAUGUCAGCGCGAAUACUGGCGAAGCUGAAGAAGCAAGCGUGUCAAGAGCAGAUAUAGAAGAAAUCGAGUAUGCUGAUAACAAAAAAACCGAAGAAGAAGACGAUUUGUGUUGAAUAUCUGGUAUUAUCUCGAUGUUCGGAAUGUUCUCAUUGUUCGAUCAGGCGAUGAAUUUGAGGAUUAUUCCUAAAUUGCACUUUCGUUGUAAAUUAUUGCUUCAAUUAAUCGUGUUGAUAUGAAGCUAAGAAUCAAUUUGUAAUAUGUGUACAUUUUGUUGUAUUUUACAUUUACUAUGCACUUUGAUGCUUCAAAAUAUAGCCUUCUAUAUUCGGGCAUUCGAAUGUUUCACCAUUUUGACAUCUGUUCAGUAGUUUUAGGUUUAAUUGUGACAAACAUACAUAAUUCCUCAAUAUUAUGGAUGUAAAAAAUCGUAUUGUUAUACCGUUCCAGCAAUGCUUAAAACGGAAGUACUUUAGUUAAUCAGUGGGUUUAGACGUAAAUUGAAUUUUCCCUUUCGAUAAGUCUUCUUUAGAUAUUAGCUAUCGUCGCUAAGCUACGAAAUAUCUUAUUAAAAUAUAAGUGAUACUCUUAAACUAUAUUUAUUAUCCAUGGAUAUAUGAUAAACAUAUAAUGUAUGACUAAACAUUCAAUUUUGCAUUUAAUAUAGGAGUCAAACCGGCGACCGUGGUUCUAGUUCCAGACCAGUCGCUUUCAACUUAUUUAUUUAUAUUUUUACUUCUGUAAAUCGUUAAGGUUAAGUUUGUUCUAAUUGUUAUUUCGGCUGGGAAGCAAACGCCUAUUGACAAAAAUCAGUACUGUAUUAUAAAACACGAACAUUGAUUUCCACUUGAUAGAACACAGAUUACAGAAGUAAUUUUAUUUGUAUAAUGGUUAUGUUUUAAAUAAACAGUUAUACUUUCGUUUAUACUUUGUAUAAUGUUUUUUUUUUUUCAUCUUAAAGAUGUGGGAUAUUAUAAACUGCAGUAGUUGUUUGUUAAGAGGACAGAAAAUAUUUGGAAUGAAGUAUAUAAUAAUACUGCUCUAUUUAUAUAGAUAAGGUAUUGUACUUAGUCAUCUGUUUCGUUGAGUGAGGUUUGUAAAUGGCGCUGUAGUACUUGUUUUAUUGAUUUGAGAAAUUGAGAUAACAUUCUUAGGCCUAUAUUAUAAAAUUUAAUCUUGAAUGUAGGAUAGAUCCUAAUAUCAAAUCUGUUAACACAUGUUACAUAUAUUUGUAUAAAUUUUAUGUGAAGGACCUGUUAAAUCCUUAGUAUUUCCGAAAUUUAGCGAUCCUAAUUUUAAAAUAAUGGUCAGACUUUGGGUUAAUCCAGAAACACACAUUACCGCUUCUUAUUCAUUUGUUAUUACUAUUUCUUGUUACUUACUCAAAACAUGUAGCUUCACCUCCUAAAUCAUCAUCAUUAGAAAUGUACAUUAAUUUGUUAAAAAGUAAAAAUUGGUGUGUGUAGUAUUAAAAGCAUAAGAAAAUAUAUAAGUAAUUACUCCUUAAAAUUAGCUUAAGAUAUCUAGUUCAAGCAUUUAUUUUAAUGGAUACAAAUGUAUUUAUAUAAAAUGUAUAUAUUUGAUUAGUAUAUUUUUAAAUAAACUAUUACAUGGAUAAUAUUUUUCAUGAUUGUCAGUUAUGUCCCAACAUGUUGUAGUGAUUCUAGAUAUUGACUUCUUUCAUUAUAUAUUCUGUUUGUUAAGUUCUAUUAUAGUAAAUAUAUCUUGCAUAAAUGUUGAAUUACUAUUUAAAUAUUUAAUCAUGGGAACGGAGAGUUAAUAUUUACAUUUGUAAAGAGUUAGAUCGGCAUUGCAGAUUCAAUCUUAAUAAAUUGACAACGAAAGUAGGUUAACAUGAGAAAAUAUGUUUAUUAUCAUAAGAAUUCAAAGUUAGCCUGUUUCUUUGUUAAAUAGCCAAUACAUUGGAUACUACUUUUUAUGCUGUAUUUAUGAUAAUAAAAGAUGUAAUACAUAGAAUAUAAUAUAUAAUGUUAAAAAAAUACUAUGUAGGAUAUAAUUUUGACAGAAAAGAACAGAUUUCAAUUUGACAUGUAUUUUUUAUUAAUUGAAGAUUACCUGACUUAUGUAAACUUGAUUGUAUAGUUUUAAUUGUUAUUGAUCUUAUAUAAAUAUUGUUUAUGUUGAUAUGAUGUUAUGUCAAUUUAGAACAUUUAAUGCAUAAGAAUAAAGCUUUCAAUGAUUUAGUGUUA